AUGGAAUCCCUUAUGCCGUCUGGCAUUCUGCAGCGAGCGGGUAUCGAAUCAGGCACCCGACAAGCUGCAGUCUUUGGCGUGGGGAUAAGCUUCAUAGUUUUCAUUUCUAUCGUCAUGGCUAUACGAAUGUGGGUGCGAGUUAAGGUCAUUCGAGCCGUUGGAAGUGACGAUAUUAUGAUGAUCCUGGGAACUAAUAUCACUGACCUGAAUCCAGCGGCGCAUUAUGGUACCGGCAAGCAUCUCAGUGGUAUCGCCGAGGAAGUCUACGCGCCAAUGCUAAAGUCUAUCUGGUCAACUCGGCUGCUAUACGUGAUAGGAAUCAUGUUUAUCAAACUAUCCUUACUCUGGCUCUAUCUCCGUCUCGACCGGCACGGAUAUAUGAAAUGGGCAGUCUAUGCCCUAUCAUUUGUUGUAUUGGGAUUGUCCAUUUCGAGUGCCUUGAUUCUCAUCUUUUCCUGUUUCCCGCCUUCCAAGUUUUGGGACAUACCCGGGACUGUUUCCGGCCACUGCAUGUCGGCGAGCUCCCAGCAAACCUUUUAUGAGGCUAACGGUGUUCUCAAUAUUAGAAAAGCCGCUUACACUGCGCAGCGCAAGAAGAUUGCUCUUACGGGAGUCUUUGGACUUGGAAGUCUCGCUAUUGCCGCCGGUUGCGUGCGAUAUGUCUAUGUGAAGAGGCUAGCGGGUAUCAAAGACCAGUAUUAUGAACUCGCGGAUUCCCUUAAUUGGUGCAGUAUCGAGAAUUAUGUUGCCAUCGUUUGCGGAUCAGCGCCUUCUUUCUCGGUCCUCGUCAAGACCUAUGCUACCCGUCUUUUCGGCAUCUACUAUGGCGACCAAGUAUAUCAGACUUAUAGCCGCUCCCAUGAUCAACCACUACAACGUAUUGCGGAUCGCUUCCGUGCAGAUGACCCUACCAUUACUACUGGAAGCCAAGAGGCCAUCGUGCCUACUGGGGGAAUCUUGAUGAAGACGGAUUUGCACAUGGAGGUGGGGCCAUCUGAUCCAACAGAGAAUCAUGCGGAGGAAUAA